AUGGCCGACACGGCGGCAGAUGGGGCGCGUGCUGCGCAACACCCCGCUCGGAAUGAAGUCUUGGUCGAUGGACUCACGUUCUCGUCAACGUUCGAUUCGGGGAAUAUGCUCUCGGUGGACCGUGGACGCGACCUCGAGAGCGGCGGUUGUGAAUAUGUCGUCACGGCAGCUCCCGACGCGCCGAAACCUGACACACCACCUGAAGCACCCCUGCCACCGACGUCAUGGUUUCAUUUCUCGAUCAGUGGGGCGUCCGCCGGUCAGGAGAUAUCACUUCAAGUGGUCAAUCUCAUCAAGCACUCGGCGCUCUACGACCACGACAUGCGGCCUGUCGUGCGGUCCUUGCCGUCGCAGAAAAAGUGGGAGCGCUUGCGUCAGGGAGUGACGUACCAAGUCCUCAAGGACGGGCAGUUCUCCAUCCGUUUCACGCUCCCUGUAGCGAAAGGCGGGGAUACACAAUUCGUGGCAUUUUGCUAUCCAUAUUCAUACACCGACUUGCAAAGGCAGCUGCGUCGACUGGAUGCGGACUUCAGCACGUUCGACCACGACAUGAAGAAGUCUGCUGCCGCUCGCAGUCGAUAUCGCACGACCUCCCAGCCAAUCUAUUACCAUCGGGAGACGUUGGUCCAUUCGCUGGACGGGCGCAAGGUCGACUUGAUCACGAUUUCCUCCCUCGACAACAUCAUGGACGAACGAGAAGAGAUGCUGCCCGACUUGUUUCCGGACCAUCCCAUCGUGCCACGGCCCCACCAGUUCCAAAACAAGCGCGUGGUGUUUGUCACAGCACGGGUGCAUCCCGCGGAAACGCCAUCCAGUUUUGUCCUAGAUGGAGUGUUGAAUUUCCUGCUCAAGGACGACCCGCGGGCGCACAAGUUGCUCAAAGAGUGUGUCUUCAAAAUCAUUCCCAUGCUGAAUCCCGACGGCGUGGCUCGUGGGCACUACCGGCAUGACUCGUUGGGAGCCAAUUUGAAUCGUCAUUACAUUCGACCCACGAUGGCGGCGCACCCGACGAUAUACGCUGCAAAACGGGCCAUCUUGGCCUCGUGUGGCACGCACAGCAAAUUGGCGCUGCAUAUCGAUCUGCACGCCCACGCGGCGAAGCGCGGGUGCUUCAUCUAUGGCAAUCGGUACAAGUCGUUAAACGACCAAGCGGCUAGCCAGGUGUAUCCGAAGCUCAUUGGUCUCAACUCGGUCUACUUUGAGUACGACCAAUGCAACUUUUCCGAGCAAAACAUGCACUUGGUCGAAAAGCGAGAUGGCGGGCUGUCCAAGGAAGGAUCGGCGCGGGUCGCGCUCCAUCGUGAAACUUCUGCCAUUAGUCCUCCCGUGUACUUCUACACCCUCGAAUGCAACUACAACAUGGGCCGCCGUGCGUGCACGAUUCCUCACAGCGGCAGCGGGCUCAUGUCCACGGCACCAUUGAGUCCGGAAGUUGCACGCAAGGCUUACGUCCCGAAAUACACGACCGCAUCGUGGGAAGACGUGGGCAAAGGGAUGAUGGUGGCAGUCCUCGACUGGCUCGGAACGAACGAAUGGUCGCGGAUCCCGCAUGCUCCAUUCCGCACCAUGGCCGGCCUCGUGCAGGAGAUUCGGCACGAAGUUGCACCGUCGUUCAAUGUGAAAACCCAACCAAACGAGGCACAGUCGAAGGCAGAGACUGUUGCGAAGAAUACGCUCUUGGUUCCGUUGAAAAAAGACGUGCCCAAGGAUGUGGUCAAAGCGAAGAAAAAAUUGGCAGAUGUGAAGCGAAUCGAGUGCGUGGAGCUGCCCCCGACAACGCCGGUACAACACCUGCCCUAUCCGAGGUCCAAGACCGGAACGUCUUCGUCGGCAUCGCGGAGCAUCUCGAAGCGCACCAUCUCGACGCCACCCCCACCCACUCUUCGGCCGACCAACAAUCAUCCGUAG